AUGCUCUCAUACCGUAGAUCAAAUGAUGCGACGGAAUUCAUGUCUAUGGUUACUGUAUAUAAUGUAAAAGGGCAAUAUAUCGGGUUUUCCUGUUCACUUCCCUCUUUAUGCAGAUUAUUUACUGUUGAUCAGUCCCUGAUGAUUUUAAGUAAGGACGGGACAUUAUCAGAGUUGACGGAGAAGAAUCUCAGUGCAAAAUUGGAUAUUCUUUUCAAGAAGAAUCUCUUUGAUGUUGCUGUUAUUCUAGCAAAAAGUAGCAGAGACGGUGCUGAGCACUUGAAGUCCAUUCAUGCGAAAUACGGCGACUAUCUUUAUGGCAAAGGAGAUUUCAACAAUGCUGUAAGCGAAUACAAGGAAACGAUAGGAAUGCUAGAGCCUUCUUAUGUUAUAAAAAGAUAUCUCGAUGGAUCUCGUCUGCGGCAGUUAUGCGUCUACUUGGAGGCCUUACAUGAUACCGAUCGUUACACUUUGUAUCACACAAAUAUUCUCUUGAAUUGUUAUGCCCAGCUCGAAGAAAGGAAAAAAAUUCAAAAUUUCUUGGAAAAAGUAGCUCUGGAUGGAAGGACAGACAUGUCAAGCAUAUUUGAGGUCCUUCGCUCCCUAAAGAUGUCCGAAGAUGCAAGUUUUCUUGCAGUAAAGCUAAGUAUGCAUGAUCACGCCCUGUCAAUGAUGAUAGAAGAUCUUGGUCGGCACGCCACUGCUAUUAAGUACAUCUCAAAACGUCCACCAGAUGAGGCUUGUCAAUACAUUGAAAAGUAUGGACGACUGCUUUUUGAGGCUUGCCCAGAUGAAACGACGGAUCUGCUGCAGCAUCUCAUCGAAAAUUCUCCUGGAAGGAUCACACUAGCUCGAUAA